AUGGAGCGCUUCUCAAGUGAGCAAGAGUUCAUUUACUACUGUGCAAAACUUACUUCACAAGAUGAUGUUUCCCAGAGUGACAUAGAAGGAUUUCCUCUUCAUUCAGAUUUUCCUUAUUAUACAUUUCGUUUAAUGCUAGAUACUAUACCAUUUGAAGGUGAAUUAGCUAAAAAGAAACAAGUAAUUACAUCUGGGUGCAUAAGAUUAUUACGAAGCGAUGUUUGUUAUUCUUAUCGAAAUAAUAUGGAUGAAGAACUCUUGAAUCAGACAGUAGAAAUUGCCAUAGCAGCAUUCAAUGAAACGUCAAUAGAUCCACAUAUGAUAGCAUAUUUCUUAUAUUUAAUCAAAGAAGAUACACUUCCUUAUUUAUUUAAAGAAUACUCUAGCCAAUACCAAAACCAAGAUAGUAUAUACACAUCAAAGCUCUUAUGGAUUAUUACAAAUAUGAUUAGAAUCUGUUACAAAGAUAUUGAUUUCGUUACUCAACUAAAUUCAAUAAUUGAAGACAUAUUAACACGAAUUACAAGUCAGCAAAUAGAACUUGCUGUCAUACAAAAGUCUCUUUCUUCAUUUUUUUCAAUGUAUUCUUCUUAUUCACAAAAUCUAGAUCCAAAUCCUCAAUUUCAUUUACUUGAGAUAUCUUUGGAAUACAUGGACCUUUUUGCUCAACCAGAUUUGAUUUUUACUGAAUCUGGAAAUUUGAUAUCUUCAAUUUCUUAUUUUUUCAUGAGAUUCGACCAUCAUUUUGAUUCUAUUAUCAAAGAAAAUACCAAUAUCAUACAUUCUUUCUUUGAAAAAUCAAUUUCACUUUUACAAAUUUUAUUAUCAACAGAAAACAACUCAGAUGUUCAAAGUUCUUUGAUUUAUGUACUUGGAGACCUUGUUAAAUACCAGACAGAUGAAGAAAUCCAAGCAAUAUUACCUCUUUUAAUCCUAGGAUUAGUUUAUUCUGAUUUUGCAUCAAUUUUAAAUGAUCCAGAACAGUUUUUCAAUGUUUUAUUCGAUUUCAACUCGAGUACUGAUAUGUACGCAACAGAUAAUGAUUUAAGAACAAACUGUGCAGCAUAUUUAAUUAAACUUUAUAAUGAAACAGAUGAUAUACAACAUAUAUAUGAUUUGUUUACUAUUGCAAGUGAAAACAACAAAAUUUUUGAGUUCAUUUAUUUGUUUUCUUCAUUGAUUCAGUAUUUAAUUGAUAUUAAUGCCAAAAUGGAAGAUGACGUAGAAGACAUUCUUGCUGCUUUAAUUAGUUUAUCUUCGGAAUCUGAAUUAAAAAAUUGUUUCUUCUUUUUGUUUUAUUCUAUUCUUCCAUUUUUCGGAAAUUUGGAAGUUAUUCCUGAAAUGUACAAACACAUUCAAGGUUUAGUAAAUGUAGAAGAAUCUAUUGUUAAAUCACAAGUAACAUUACUCUUUAGAGCAAUUAGGAAUUCGAUUUAUUUAGAUCAAAAAGAAUUUUUGAACAAAGAAACUUUUGAUAAUAUUUGGGAAGCGAAAGAUUUGAUUUUAAACAACGAAUUUGAACUGACAUGUUCCAAAUUUAUCCUUAAAUUGCCUAAAGAACUAACUGUUGACUCCAAGAUCUUCGAAAGCGCUCAACAAUUAGUUAAUGGAUUAUAUGACAGAAUUUUCGAAAUUUUGAAUGAAUUAAAUGAUGAAAAUGAAAAAGAAUUAGAAUAUAUCAUGAAUAAAGAAGGAAACAACAUCAACUACAUUCUCAAAUCAAUACCACAAUGUGCUGUUAUUCCUGAAAUAUUUGAAAAACAACUUAUUGUACUCGAAAAGAUUCGAGAAUAUGAUUAUUCUAGAGAUGGAUUAGUUUCAGCAGUAAGUCCUUUAGCAUUGUAUCCAGAAGCAUAUCCUUUCUACAUGCAAUACAUGUUUAAUGUGAUUGAUAAUUUUGGUGAUACAUACUCAUUUUUUAUUUAUGAUAUCGGUCGAUAUUUGUAUGUUUUGUUUGAUAAGAAUCCAGAUAUUUUGGAAAUAAUUGAUGGAAAUGUUUAUAUUGUUCAAAAUUUCCUUGAAAAAUUUAUUCCUUUAACAAAUAAUGAUGUUUAUUCUGUUACUGAUAUUGAUUGUGAAUUUAUAAUGAUGAUAUUUAUUAAGUGCUUGUUUGUUGGAAAGGGAUUGACACAAGAAUCAAAGAUAUCUUUACUUCAAAUGAUAAAUAGUUUUGAUGAAAAAUUGAAUCAGAAAUAUUUUGAUUUAGUGAAACUGGCUGCUUUUAUCCAAAAUGAAUAUGAAUUAGAUGCAGCAACAAUUAUGAAUGUAAUGGAAAAUGUUCAAAAAGGAAAAUAUCCUUACACUUAUGAAAGAGCUCUGAUUUCUACUGCAUUUGAUAAGAUUAAUGACAAUCAGUUAUGUCAAAUUAUGAAUAUAUUGAUAAAAGCAAAUUAUUUCGGGGAUAAAACCGAAGGAUAUAAAUUCCCUGAUUAUACUUUAAUUCCUGGAUUUAGCGAUGUAGACUUCUUGGAUGAUGAUUUCAUUGAGGAAGACCAGCGAAUGAUCUUUGAAAAACAUAAAGAACUAUUAUCUCAUUUCAAGGAAAUGAAUGAGUAA